AUGGGGAAAGGGAACGCCUCUAAAACAAAAAUGCCUAAAGAUAGGAAGAAGUCCCUUGCACCGCCAAAGAAGGAGGAAGAGCCGCAAAAAGAAGAAGCGCCAAAAGAAGAAGAGCCCCCUGUCGAGGAAAUACCAGAAGUAAUAGAAGCACAGCCUGAAGAGGAGCCCCCAAAAGAAGAUACGUUCAAGACGGACACGCUCAAUGAGUUUCUUCAUCUGAUAGUCUCUUCUUGGACAGGCCCAUGCGAAGGAUCCAUCCCGCACGGAUUCGGCCAGAUGAUUCUGCGUUCUGGGGCGGUGUACGAAGGCGACGUUGUGAUGGGUAGACCCCACGGAAAGGGAAAACUCAAGCUCGAGAAUGGGUGGACCUAUGAGGGCGACUUUGUCCAGAGCUCGAUUCAAGGCACAGGGCGCAUUUAUUUCCCUGACGGCGGCGAGUACGAAGGCGAAGUUGCCGCCGGUUAUCGCCACGGCGAAGGUGUCUUUCGCCUUGGCGAAAUUACUUAUCAUGGCUUCUGGAAAGCCGGCAAAAAACAUGGGGAAGGACGCUGCCAAUGGAACGAGAAAAGCUUCUACGAAGGCAGCUGGAAAAACGGCCUCUGCGACGGCUUCGGCGAAAGACACUGGGGCAACGAUGAUUCUUACGUUGGAGAGUGGAAAAAUGGAAAACGCCACGGCCAAGGAAAGAUGAUCUGGGUCGAUGCAGAGCAAACUUACGAAGGCGAGUGGCAAAAUGGAAUACAGCAUGGAGAAGGAACAGCAAAAUGGCACGGAUCAAGAAACGCAGAGUACAGUGGCAGCUGGAAAAACGGUCAGCGAGAUGGGAUCGGCGCGAUGACUUACGGGGACGGAUCUUAUUAUAAUGGCGAAUGGAAGGAAGACAAGAAAUGGGGAGAAGCAGAAGUCGUCUCUACUAAUGGCUAUAAAGAGGCGCCUAUCUUAUUUGAGGAUGACAGAAUAGUCGAUCAGUUUGACAACGGCGACACAUUUUACUCUAUCACAGAAAGCCAGCUCGACUCGACUCUCGGAGAACUCCUCGCUGCCGGAAAAGCUGGAAUAAUUCGAAACAUCGGCCAAAUCCGCCACCUCUAUUCGACCUAUGCCGAGGACAACGUCUUCCGACUCAUGCACUUUGAUCGGCUUUGCGUCGACUACGGCAUUGUCAAGCUAAACCCGAUUGAAGGCUUCUACUCCGAAAACAUCAAAGAUCCUAUGCGCCCUCUCCUGCUCCGCGAGUUUGCUUGGUUUUUGGUCAAUACUGCUAGAGUGCUCUUUCCGCAGCAAAAGUUGGAUGAUGGAGUUCAGUUUUUACUCGACGGAAUGCUCCUCAAGCCGGUCAAAACUCCUUACAGAGAACUUUACAAAAUAGAAAUUUGUAAAAUGCGGGAAGGCCUUUCGCGGAUCUGGGCAGCAAAUGAUUACGGAAUGACGGGUAGAGAUUUCCUUCAGUUUCUGAAGAAAAUCAAAAGUCCGUUCACUCCAACACAAGGCGUGAGAAUCAUGUGUCGCGACGAUCCAGUUAUGGAAGAAGAUAUUGACAGAACAAUCAGUUUUAUUCAAUUCGCAAAUGCGCUGAUCGGACUUAUCAUAGAAGAGCGAAAUCCGCCAGAAGAGCCAGAACCCGAGAUCGCACCGCCACCAGUAGCACCGGUCGAAAAAUCAGUCAGAAUCAACCCAGAUCCGCCGCUGGAAGAAAAGAUCGACUCGGAGAUUUCUCGCACCACGAUAGAGGAAGGUCGCUCGUCACAAGACAAUCAAAGUGAAACAGAAGAGCAAUUGAGAAAUCAACUCGACACGCCAGAUAGUAACGCAGACCCCACAGAACAGCAGCCAAUUAAAAACAGAAGAUGUACAGUUAAACCGCCAAACCGACUCUCCGGCGAAUACGGUAACCCAAUGCCCAACGAGGAAGAGGGAAGCGCAACCGUCGUGAAAUCGAUGUCCUCCGUCUCCAGUAACAAACUAGAAAAAACAAUCUCCAAUUCAACGCAAACGCCGACAACAAACGGACCAACCAAGUCCGGCAGCUUACUGCAAACGAUAUCGGACAUGUCCGAAAAGCGAAUCAAGUCCGGCGACUCAGUCGCUCGAUCUCUUAUUUCCUCGGCGAGUGUGAUGACCGAAAUUGUCGACUUCUUCAACGAAAGAAUACUCGCGCCCUGGAUAGAAUUCGAACAAGUCGACUUGAUAAUGCACCAGAUGGAAGAAAAGCGGAACAACCCGAAAGACAUCAAACUCAUUGAACUCGUCAACGUCAGAUCGCACAUUCAGUCGCUUUCGCUCAUCUCCCUCAAGUCCGAAACAAACCAACCAGAAGUCUCCUAA